CCGAACAAUGUAAACCAGUGCCAGCCUCACAGAGUAACUGACACCUGAAGACGGAAAACCUCAAGAAAACCAUUCAUGUGAUCUUUGAUGUUCCGAUCAUCAUGAGAAUAAGUUGUGUGAAGGGUUUGUUUCCAGUCUUGUCUGUCGCUGUGGUGUUUCUCUAUAUGAGCUCUGUCAAGUGGGAAAUCCAAACUCAAGAGAAGCAGCUCCACCAAGUCCAGCAGAACUUCUCGUUACACAGCAAACUUCUUCUUGACAAGCUGGACAAACUAGAGGCUCAUUUAAUAGCUGUGGAAGAAAAAAACCUUAAAUCAAGAAAUGAGAAGAAACCAGAGAAGAAAUCACCAAAGAAGUUGUUCCCAAACUCAAAUCUUUUCAAGCAGUGGACUGUUGAACUUUCUGAGGAUGAUCAGAGGAAGGCUGAGGAUCUCUUUCAGAAAUACGGCUAUAAUGCCUUCCUCAGUGACCAGUUGCCUCUGGACCGGGAGCUGCCGGACACUCGAGACCACAGAUGCAUUGGCCGUGAAUACCCCCACAAUCUGCCCACCCUCAGCGUGGUGCUGAUUUAUCUGGAUGAGGCUCUGUCUGUCAUUCAAAGAGCCAUUUGCAGCAUCAUCAACAGAACUCCAGCCCACCUGCUCAAAGAGAUCAUACUGGUGGACGACCACAGCACGAAUGAAGAUCUGAAAACACAGCUGCAUGUUUAUAUGAGCUCCAUCAAUGAGAAGCACCCAGGCCUGGUUAAGAUGGUGACCCAUUCAGAGCAGAAAGGACUUUCCCAGGCCAGAAUCUCAGGUUGGAAGGCUGCCACUGGGGAUGUGGUUGCUAUUUUGGAUGCCCACAUUGAGGUCCAUGUCAAAUGGGCGGAGCCUCUACUUGCACGUAUCCAGGCUGACCGUACACUGGUCCUGAGCCCUGUGUUUGAUAAAGUCAAUUACUAUGACUUGCAAGUGACAAAGUAUGGAGCCUCUGCUCAUGGUUUUGACUGGGCUCUCUGGUGUAUGUACGUGGGAUUCCCACAGAAGUGGUACAAUCAAAAUGACCCUUCACAGCCAGGAAAGAGUCCCUCUGUGAUGGGAAUUCUUGUGGUUGAUCGUCUGUUCUUUGGUGAGAUUGGGACUCUGGAUGGAGGGAUGGAGGUGUACGGCGGAGAGAAUGUUGAAUUAGGAAUACGGGUGUGGCUGUGUGGAGGAAGUAUAGAGAUUGUGCCCUGCUCUAAAAUUGCUCACAUCGAGAGGGCACACAAACCCUACAUGCCUGAUCUUAGCAGUGUGAUGAAGAGAAAUGCCCUCAGAGUGGCAGAAGUUUGGAUGGAUGAAUACAAAAUAAAUGUGAACAUCGCCUGGGGUCUUCCCAUACAGAACCAUGGGAUAAACAUUGGCGAUGUAUCGGAGAGAAAGAAACUUAGAGAAAAGUUAAAUUGCAAACCAUUUAAAUGGUACCUGGAAAAUGUCUAUCCUGACUUAAAUCCCUUAAUUUUUUUAGGUUAUGGAGUGCUGAUUAAUGAUCUGCAAACACGUUUAUGUUUGGAUAAGGGGCCACUUAAGGAGAACACUCCCAUUUUAUAUCCAUGUCAUUUCAAGGGGUCACAGGUAUUUUACUAUACAGCAAAUGGUGAGAUAUUUGCGCAUCCCCUUCAGGCCCUUAAAAACAACAAGAACCGCUGUCUAAUUGAUCCCGGUUCAGGCAGGUUUCCAGAACUGUCCUGGUGUUCAGACCCUGAAAAACCAAAACACAUGUACUGGGACUUCACACAGGGACAGGCCAUACAGAACAGAGAAACCAAACGCUGUCUGGAGAUCAGCGCUGAGCAGACAGGAAAGUAUGAAAAGAACAUUUUCCUUCAAGAGUGCAGAAACCAACACUGGAAGAUACAGAAUGUAAUUCAGGACUUCUGAAAUGCAAGAUAUAAUCAGUCUAUAUAAACAUAUUUGAGAUGCUUUUGGUCAGUGGGAUCACAAGAAGGCAAUGGUGUUUUAAUCUGUCUCUUUUGACCACUUUUUACCACUUAUGCUUUCUUUUUAGGGGAGGUCUAUGGGUGGUUUUUUUUCUGCCCUUUUAAUCUAAUAUUGUGAAAUAAACUCAUGCGAUUUAUAUAUGAAGGCAAAAGCAAAGUGACUAUGGAAGAUAAGAAAAGCAGCUGCUUUCAUUUCUGAUUUCAUUAUUGCUACUAGAUCAUUGUGCUUUAUAAAAAAAUUUUUACCUUCAACGCAAACAUACGAUUUUAUACGGUGAGAUUAAAUACUGUCUGGCUUGCACGCUUCAACAACACAUCCCACAAUGUUUAACAAUUGGCUCAGUGGGCAGGGAGGAAGUGAUCUUUAGUGGCAGUUCGAAUGCUUUCAGCCACAUGAGAGUCUACACUAUGAAUGCAUAUUCAACUACCACCGAAAGUGGUCGGAAGUGGAUGAGCUCAAAACGUUUCCGACCCCGUUUACACCUUUAUUUAGUGUUGUCCAAUUCUGAUCAGAUUGCCAAAAAUGCACGUGUAAACUGGGCCGCUGUGAUGGAUCUUAAUGUCACUGUUAGUCACUGCUGCAUCAGGAAGUUGAGGACCCAGCUGGGUUUGGCAUUUUUAAGACAGGUAGGCACUACUGGGGUACUUCAAAUAAAUAUGUGACAUCUAAGAGGUUCAGCUUAAAAUGUUUGGGAAGCCCUGAUAAUUUAAGAGCUGCUAAGACUCAAGCAUCCCCCGGACUUCACAUAGGACAUACAGUUUAGAAACUAUAUAGAUUAAUGGAAAUGUAUGUUUUAUGAAAUCAUUGUAUUUUACUUGAAAAAUAAAAUUCAUAGUAGUUUGCCCUAUUGCUAAUAGCCCACUGUGGGGCAUGUUGUCACAGAAUGUCAAUGUAUA